AUUUAAUUAUGCUAAAGUUUUUAAUACUUUGUUUGCUUGGAUUAUCAGCAUUCGGAUACACAUUCCCAUAUGAUGAAGAUGUGUUAGUACUUAAUGAUAAUACUAUAAAUGCUGCUAUCAAGUAGUAUGAUUACUUAUUGGUUGAGUUUUAUGCAUCAUGGUUUAAAUUGAUAUUUUACCUUUCAUUAUAGGUGUGGUCAUUGUAAACAAUUUGCCCCCGAGUACUCUCAAUUUGCUACACAAGUGAAACAAGCUGGUCAACCUUUUAUCGUUGCCAAACUGAAUGGUGGAGAUCAGGAAAAGUAAGCUAUGAACAGGUUGAUUAAUUUAAUUUGAAAAAUAGAUACAAAGUAUCAAGUUUCCCAACAAUAAUAUUGCUCAUUAAAGGACAUGCAGUACCUUAUAAUGGCGAUAGAAGUGCUAAUGGAUUAAUGAAUUUUGUAACUUAAGCUCUUGAGGAUAAAUUAGUAAGAGUUGAUGAAAUCGAUGAUGUUUACAAGGUAUUAAUGAAGAUCUCACUAUUUUAGUUUUUAAGUGAUAACAAUUUGAGUCUAUUAUAUUUCGUUAAGGAUUCUCAAUAACCAGAGUUACAGAUUUAUUCCUUGGCUGCCAAAAUAUUUCCCAAUUUGAAAUUUGGUUAUACCACUUCAGCUUAUGCCAGAGUAAGAUAGUUAAAUAUAGUUGUAGAAAUUAUACGAUGUAGAUGAAGGAUAGAUAGUCCUAUUUAGAACAUUUGAAGAGAGAAGAAAGGAAUUCACAGAUUAGAUAACCUUAGAAAAAUUAACAAAUUUCCUAUAUGAGAAUUCAACUCCAUCAUUUGAGGAAUUAGACAACAAAAGCUAUGCAUCCAUAUUUAAUAAAAAUACACCAGCUUUGAUUCUCUUUUGGAGUCAAUAAAGUUAAGAAACAAAGGAUGUUCUAAAAUUGAUUGCUCCAAACAUCAAAAAAAGAAUCACUGUAGUUUCUGUUUACUCUGAUAAUUACAUGUUGAAUCAAGUCACUGGUCAAUUGUUCAUUAAUACUCCCACAUUCCCUUCAUUGUAUUAUUACAAGACAACUAACGAAGUCUAUAAAUUCGAUGGAUAAAUCACUGUUGAGAAUGUAAUGAGAUUUGUUCAUGGGGCCAACAAUGGAAAAAUUGCAAGAAAAUAAAAAUCUCAACCCAUACCAACUCAAACAUCAAAUGUUCUCAAAGUUGUAGGUGAUACUUUCGAUGAGUUAGUUCUAAAUUCAAAUAAGAACACUUUAGUUUAGUUUUGUCAAUCAUCUAGUAGCAAAUGGUAACAUAUAAAUCUUAUCAUCAUAGCUAUGAACCAGAAUUUGAAGAUUUGGCUAAGGAAUUGAAGGACAAUGAGAAUUUAGUAUUGGCUCAAAUAGAUUUGUCACACAAUGAUUUGGAAAGUGUGAAGAUUGAAAACUACCCUGGAUUUAAAUUAUACAUUCCAAAGGUUACAUCUAAUCCAGUUAAUUUUGAUUAAGAAUUUAGCAAGGAGAAUCUUUAUGCCUUCGUUAAACAAAAUGUUUAGCUUACACAUACAGAAUAAAACAAAAGCAAAUCUGAUUUGUGAAUUAUUUUAUGUAAAACCAGA